UUCUUUCAGGUGUGCACGUCCUGACCAGCUCAGCAGCUACUGUGGAUUUUCUUUGUGUUUAAAGAAAAAGAAAAAUGUCCUCGUGUCUGUAGAGAUGAUUUGCAGUUCAGCCCGGCUGAAGCUGACCGAAUGAGACUAUGGGCUGUGCCUCCGCCAAGCAUGUUGCCACUGUUCAAAAUGAAGAGGACGCCCAGAAGGGGAAAAGCUACCAGAAUGGAGAUGUGUUUGGCGAUGAGUACAGGAUCAAACCGGUGGAAGAGGUCAAAUACAUGAAAAACGGGGCAGAAGAGGAACAGAAAAUAGCAGCCAGGAACCAAGAAAACUUGGAAAAAAGUGCCAGCUCAAAUGUAAGACUUAAAACUAAUAAAGAGAUUCCGGGAUUAGUUCAUCAACCCAGAGCAAACAUGCACAUCUCCGAAAGCCAACAAGAAUUCUUCAGAAUGCUGGACGAAAAAAUUGAAAAGGGUCGGGAUUACUGUUCGGAAGAAGAGGACAUCACAUAGCAUCGAUUCUACCACUCAAACCUGGAGCUACUACUGUGUAAAUAGGUUACACCCCUGUUGCAAACUUUGCAGAGGUCGGUUCUCUUCAACGAACAGCACUAUAGCAAAAGAAGAUCGGUCCAUAUUGUAUGCCCCAUUAAAUUACAGUGUUUCUAAAUGAACUUGCAAAGGAAUAUUGCUAAACACAAACAAACAAACUGUUAUCGAACUUUCUUUGUUGCUGCUAGUUAACACUUGUUGCAACUUUUCACUUCUCUCGUGUCCAGGUCUGCAGCAAAAUUCUGCAGUUUCACCUUAAAGAUCCCGUUGGUUUGACAGAUGCUCUCCGACCUAUUUUCUAUAAGACGAGGUAGUGGGGAACUCAGAUAUCAAACUGCGAUUCUAGACCGGUUCUGCUUCUAAGACAAGCAUCUCCUGUUCUCUCUCCUUCCUCCCUGUCUCUCCCAAGUGGUCCGGAGACAGACAGCCUCGCUUCUCACUGGCCUUGUUGAGCUUUGGAGAUGAGAUGGUUGCUCUGGCCAGCCUUGUGUCUCUGCUCAGAAGAAGCAGAGAAGGUGUUCUCAGUUCAAAGCAUGUGGUGCCAUGAUCCCGGGAAGGACGUAGCGUGAGCAGCAGGUGGUUGCAUUUCAUAGGUGUCUGAAUCAAGGAUUAAGCUUGCGGCACUGGCUUUGCUCAGAUGCGGAUAGAAGUGUGAUCACAAUCAUUUUGAACCCUUCUCCCUCACUUUUUUUUCUAAGAAAAUAAACAUUUUACUGUUUGUAUGUA